GACAUGGACGAUGUCCACACGUCUUUAGAGAAACUGCGUGGCCUUUCCCUGGAAGAGAGGACGGAGUCAGGGAUGCUGCGGUCAAGGAUAGACGAGCAAUCAAGUUUGAUUUGCAUUUUGAAACAAAGAGCCGAUGACAUGCUCCUUCGUUGUCAAGCUCUCGAGCAGAUCAACUCAGAGUUAGAACACCUGAGUGCAGACGUACAGACCAAACUUGACAAUGAAAAGAAGAAAUCCAUGCAGUUAGAGCAAAGAUUUAUGGAUCUGGCAGCUAACCAUCAGGAGCUGAUACAUUUCAAGGAUGAGUACAAAAGACAGAAUGCCAAACUAAAACAGGAGAACGAACGACUUCAGGAAGAGAACGAUAAUAUUUUCUCUAAAGACUUACAAUACAAAGAAGCAGUUAUUUUGAAACUAACACAAGAAUUGAGAGACCUUGCUGAGCAACAUAGAAGUCUUGAUAAUGAAUAUCAGUAAGAAUGCGCCAUUUGUUUUUCUAUUUAGAUUUAUUGCUGCAUUUAGUAAAUGUUGACUGACUUCAUCCGAUUGUUCAAUGUAGGAGUGUUAUAACAAUAGGUAUAUAUUUUUUCCCAACAGGGGAAAAACAACUGGAUUCCAGACCAAACUUAAAGGGCUCAUGGGUCUCCAUCAAACUAAGGAGGCGUCCUUACAAGAUGAAUUGCAUGAUGCUCAAAGACAGCUGAGGGAUGCAGUGGAGAUGUGCACAGGUGAGUUUGGCUGUAUAACUCUGUGUCCCAAAAAAACGUAUUUCCUAAAUGAGAAAUAUGACCGCUUUUCUAAUGUCUCUUGACCAGAACUUGAUCAACAGCUUAAAAAAGCAAGAGAAAAUUAUUCAUUGAAAGAGACACAGAUGCAGAAAAAAAUGGAGGUCUUGGCCAAGGAAAAGGACAAAUUCUUGGAUCUAUCGAUGCAAAGGGGUAAACUAAUACAGGUAAUGCAUAACAUACAUAAUUUUUUUUAAACAGAAUGUCGCUUUUAACUACACAUGGAAGCAGUUCAGCCAAUUCAUAAUAUUUCUGCCUUUUGAAAGGAUAAACAGGUGGAAAUCCAGCAGUUGGAGACAAAAAGGCAAGAGGUCGAAAAAAACAGGGCUGCUGCAGAAGAAAGGUAUGUAUAUAAUAGUUUAAAGGUCCAGUGCAGUCAAAAAUUUGAUUUUCCCGUGUUUUUAUAUAUAUAUAUAUAUAUAUAUAUAUAUAUAUAUAUAUAUAUAUAUAUAUACAGUACCAGUCAAAAGUUUGGACACACCUACUCAUUCAAGAGUUUCUUUAUUUUUACUAUUUUUACAUUGUAGAAUAAUAGUGAAGACAUCAAAACUAUGAAAUAACACAUAUGGAAUCAUGUAGUAACCAAAAAAGUGUUAAACAAAUCAAAAUAUAUUUUAUAUUUGAGAUUCUUCAAAUAGCCACCCUUUGCCUUGAUGACAGCUUUUCACACUCUUGACAUUUCAAGAACUUUGAACGUUUCUUCAAGUGCAGUUGCAAAAACCAUCAAGCGCUAUGAUGAAACUGGCUCUUAUGAGGACCGCCACAGGAAUGGAAGACCCAGAGUUACCUCUGCUGCAGAGGAUAAGUUCAUUAGAGUUACCAGCCUCAGAAAUUGCAGCCCAAAUAAAUGCUUCACGGAGUUCAAGUCACAGAUACAUCUCAACAUCAACUGUUGAGAGGGGACUGUGUGAAUCAGGCCUUCAUGGUCGAAUUGCUGCAAAGAAACCACUACUAAAGGACACCAAUAAGAAGAGACCUGCUUGGGCUAAGAAACACGAGCAAUGGACAUUAGACCGGUGGAAAUUUGUCCUUUGGUCUGGAGUCCAAAUUUGAGAUUUUUGGUUCCAACCGCUGUGUCUUUGUGUGGGUGAACGGAUGAUCUCCGCGUGUGUAGUUCCCACCGUAAAGCAUGGAGGAGGAGGUGUUAUGGUGUGGAGGUGCUUUGCUGGUGACACUGUCUGUGAUUUAUUUAGAAUUCAAGGCACACUUAACCAGCAUGGCUACCACAGCAUUCUGCAGCGAUACGCCAUCCCAUCUGGUUUGGGCUUAGCGGGACUAUCAUUUGUUUUUUCAACAGGGCAAUGACCCAACACACCUCCAGGCUGUGUUAGGGCUAUUUUACCAAGAAGGAGAGUGAUGGAGUGCUGCAUCAGAUGACCUGGCCUCCACAAUCCCCCGACCUCAACCCAAUUGAGAUGGUUUCGGAUGAGUCGGACGCCAGAGUGAAGGAAAAGCAGCCAACAAGUGCUCAGCAUAUGUGGGAAGUCCUUCAAGACUGUUGGAAAAGCAUUCCAGGUGAAGCUGGUUGAGAGAAUGUAAAGAGUCCACAAAGCUGUCAUCAAGGCAGGGUAGCUAUUUGAAGAAUCUCAAAUAUAAAAUAUAUUUUGAUUUGUUUAACACUUUUUUGGUUACUACAUGAUUCCAUAUGUGUUAUUUCAUCGUUUUGAUAUCUUCACUAUUAUUCUACAAUGUAGAAAAUAGUAAAAAUAAAGAAAAACCCUUGAAUGAGUAGGUGUGUCCAAACUUUUGACUGGUAGUGUAUAUUUCCACACUAUGAAGUUGGAGUAAUACUGUGAAAAUUAUGAUAAUGCCCGUUUAGUGUAAGAGCUGUUUGAAAAGACAGCAUAGACAUUUUUGCCUGUUUUGGUAGGAUGGAGUUUUGGCCUGCCUGGUGAUAUAGUUAAUAGAACAAUAAGAAAGGGUGUUCCAAACCUCUCCCCACUCAGACCACUCCCAGACAGUCAUAGUAAAAUCCUUGCUUGAGAAAUUGGUCUUGCUAAGAAGCUAUUUGUGGUUCUAUUUUUAUGAUUUUGAUUGAAAACAAUCACAGUAAGGUACUUAAUUGUUACCCAGAAAUGAUUUGAUAUUGAGAUAAAAACGGCUGCAUUUGGGCCUUUAAAAUGAAGUCCAACACUGGCAUGUAUAUCAAAGAUCUCUCUGCUUUAGGUUUGAAAGAGAGGCAGCUGUGGUGAACACUAAUUUGAAAGUCAAAGCACUCCAGCACGCUCUUGAUCAGUCUGUGAACACUUGCAACAAGCUGAAGAAGGUUAGUUGAAAUGUGGAAAAUGAAUGAUGUAUAUAAAACCUGGAUUGCUAAUGCUAUGUAUUGGCCAUUGAGAGGCUUUGAAGCCACCGGUUGGCCAUAUUGGCACUCCCCAGUAGGAGCAGUCCUCCAUAGGAAUCAAUGGACUUCUACAGUAUUUCAAUUAAAUGUAUCAAGGACAAAAUUACAUAUACAUAUAUAUGUUAUUUUUUUUGUAGUGGGGACAGUACUAUUAGUAAUCUCUUAAAUGUAUACUUUAAAUAAAAUGUUUUUCCAUUUUUUUCUAUUUUAUGUUUAUUUCACAUAAUAUAAUUUAAAAGUAUCCAUGAAGCUGUCUGUAAUAGAAUAAAUGUGUCAAAAACGAAUGUAGACAUUAAUAAAUGCAUUUCUAUAGCUUUGAAAAUAUUUUUUGCAAUGGUGGGGGAGUGCCAAGAUGGAGGCACGGUGGCUUCAACACAGCGCCAUCUAUCAGUGAUCUAGUGUACAUAUAAAUCAUUAUGAAAAACAUUGCAAUAUUGCAAAAUAGAAGUGCCAUCGUGCUCAAUUAUAUACAAUUAUUUCAUAGGAUUUUGAAGCCUAUAAAAACCACAGCACCGACCUGCUUGAAAAGGAAAAGGAGUUAAAUGCCAAGCUGCGCCAUAUGAUUGGCUAA